AAAGAGAAUCCAUCCAUCAUCAACUCUACUUUUUUUUUUUUUUGUUUGCCUUUCCUCUUUCUCUCUCUCACUUGAGAAAUGCAGUGAAAUUGAAAUCGAGUAGAAGCAGAGAUGGUGGUAAGGAAAGUGGGCAAGUAUGAAUUAGGUAGAACAAUCGGCGAAGGUACCUUCGCUAAAGUCAAGUUCGCUCAGAACACAGAGACCGGUGAGAGCGUCGCCAUGAAAAUCGUGGAUCGUAGUACCAUCAUCAAACGCAAGAUGGUUGAUCAGAUUAAGAGAGAGAUCUCGAUUAUGAAGCUUGUUCGCCAUCCUUGUGUUGUUCGUCUUUAUGAGGUUCUAGCAAGCCGUACAAAGAUUUAUAUCAUCCUGGAGUACAUUACUGGUGGUGAACUGUUUGAUAAGAUUGUUCGUAAUGGACGACUUGGUGAAUCAGAAGCUAGGAAAUACUUUCAACAGCUUAUUGAUGGAGUUGAUUACUGCCAUAGUAAAGGUGUCUACCACAGAGAUCUAAAGCCGGAAAAUCUUCUGCUGGAUUCUCAAGGAAAUCUCAAGAUAUCUGAUUUUGGCCUCAGUGCAUUACCUGAGCAAGGAGUUACCAUCCUUAAGACAACAUGUGGAACUCCCAAUUACGUUGCUCCUGAGGUUCUCAGUCACAAGGGUUACAAUGGUGCCGUCGCAGAUGUAUGGUCCUGUGGGGUCAUCCUUUAUGUUCUUAUGGCAGGAUAUCUUCCAUUUGAUGAAAUGGAUCUACCAACCUUAUAUAGUAAGAUCGACAGAGCUGACUUCGCUUGCCCCUCAUAUUUUGCCUUGGGGGCAAAGUCCUUGAUUAAUAGAAUUUUGGAUCCAAAUCCUGAAACUCGAAUUACAAUUGCAGAAAUCAGGAAAGAUGAGUGGUUUCUAAAGGAUUACACUCCUGUACAACUUAUCGAUUACGAACAUGUGAACCUGGAUGAUGUAUAUGCUGCUUUUGAUGAUCCGGAGGAACAUACAUAUGCACAGGAUGGAACAGGGUCCACGGGUCCACUGACUCUAAAUGCGUUUGACCUAAUUAUUCUAUCUCAGGGCUUGAACCUCGCAACUCUUUUUGACCGUGGAAAGGACUCCAUGAAGCACCAGACAAGGUUCAUCUCACACAAGCCAGCAAACGUGGUUCUCUCAAGCAUGGAAGUUGUGUCGCAGUCUAUGGGCUUUAAGACUCACAUUCGUAAUUACAAGAUGAGAGUCGAAGGAUUAUCUGCAAAUAAGACGUCUCAUUUCUCCGUCAUUCUAGAAGUCUUCAAAGUUGCACCAUCAAUUCUCAUGGUAGACAUUCAAAAUGCAGCAGGAGACGCAGAAGAAUACCUUAAGUUCUACAAGACUUUUUGUAGUAAGCUUGAUGACAUCAUUUGGAAGCCGCCAGAUGCAUCUAUGAAAAAUCGAGUCACCAAGGCCAAGAGUAAAAGACGUUGAAUCCGUGUGUGUUAUCCAAGCAGAGCUUUCACAGAAGACAGUGAGAAACAAUAUUUAACUCUCUUGUAUUGCUUUAGUCGAGUGAAUAUGUACAAGCUUGUUGAUUUGGGUUUAAUUUAUGAAUACAUAGAAGAUUGUACUAAACUUAUACUAUAUAUGAAGAGAAAACUGCUGAUAGUUUCUCCUGAUUUGUAUGCCUCUCAACUCUUUUUACAGUGUAUACGAGUAGGAUUUAAUUCUGAUU